AUGGUUCGUCAAGUUAGACGACGCAAUCAGGUCCCGUCACAUCGAGGGCGACGAGAUACAAGUCACCCUCGCCCUGUCAAAUUUGACACAGGACGAGCAAAGAAUUGGGCCUCAGGGCUCAAGCUUCACGACCCAAACGUGUUUGUGUCGUUGGAGAUCUUGAAGUCUCGGCUUGAAGCGACGCUUGAGCCGCUGAGAGCCGAGUGCAGAGCACGCUCUGCACUCUUGAGGCUCAAGCAAGGUAAGCGUGAUGUGCAUGCUUACGCUCAAUACCUAUGCUACCUUGCGAGUAUCGUUACGGAAGAUUCUGUUGAUGAGCACAUUCUCAUCAACGUGUUCAUCCACGGCCUUGUAGACGGACCGGUGAAGACCUACAUGUUCCGAGAGUACUUCCAUACGCUGGAAAAGGCGAUAGCGUGUGCGGAACAAGAAGACUUCAGCCUGAGACAGUCUCAGGCUAACUCGUCAAACUUUUGUCCGACGAGACGAAAUGAAACGGGAGGCCCCGAAUCAAUGGACCUCUGUUACAUCAAGAGCUAG